UGGGCUCCAGCUGCUUGGCCGCCGGGGUCUCUUCUCACGCGCGGGAUGCUACUUCUGCAAUUGGGUGGCCGGUGGGCGACUGGUCUGCGGCUCGCUGGGAAGAGGGCGGCGCCGUGGGCGUCUGCUGCGUUCCGAGACCCCAAGGCGGCUGCUUUAUGGGUGGCGUCCUGCAGCGGUCCCUUGGCGCCGGUUCGCUGCGGGCGCGCAGGGCUUCCGGCGCCAGCGCAGAAACCUGUCUGUUGGGAAGGAUGCGUUCGAUGCUUACAUGCACAACUUGAAAAAUCAGAAGAUGGAAGGCUGAUUUACACUGGGCAUCAGGCCCGAGCAGUAUUUGGUGUGACGUGUUUCUCUUAUUUUACAAAUACGUUCAUUGUUGUUUCUCUGUCAUAUAUUUUGACACAAAGUAAUAUUGUACUUGGAAGUCGGCCUUUGCAAAUCUUAUGUUGUGGCAUCAUAGGUCUUGCAACAAUCAUUCCAGUGCUGUCUUACUUGAUUACAAGCGCCUAUGUCAUCCGGUUGUAUCAUGAGGCCACAACAGACACUUAUAAAGCCAUUACUUAUAAUUUUGUGCUGUCAGAAACAAGUACAGAGUUUCACCGGAAUGAUGUAAAGAUUGUAAACAGCACAGAUGCGUUUACCACAUUUUAUGCUAAAACAAAAUCAUUAUUUGUUAAUCCAGCGCUCUUUCCAAACCCUGAAGACUAUAACCAUCUAAUGGGUUAUGACAACCCGUUCACUUUCGGUAUGGAAGAAGCUAGUGAAAAGGAACAGCUAAGAGAUGAGAAGUGAGUCUAUCAUUUGUAUGUCUGUGCUUACCUGUGAUUUAUCUUUCAAUGUACAAUAAUAAAAUUGCCAUUACUUUUGUAUCUGUCAGUGUCUGAUUGCUAAAACACUUGGAAACUGUAUCAAACAGACCUUAGAAUUAAUUUUCAGUGAAUGAUGAUCGUUUACAAUAAAAUAGGCUGUAUUUGAAAAGCAAA